AGAGGGACACAUUAGCAGGGAGGCGCAUCACAUCUGGAUGAGGGAGCUAUCUGUAGCAUCAGUUGAUCCCAGUAUCAGUUGUCCUUGCAAAUUAAGUUUGCUAGUUUAUAAAACCAAUCUGAUAGUUUUCCUCAUGUACGAUUUUCAUUUCCGUUCCGGCUUUUAAGGUCACUCGGUGUCACCGAAAGUAGGAAGCGUUGCGCCCACAUGGGCAGUGUUCUGGCUUUGUCUUCCAAUCCUGGCCUUCAGAACUGGCCUUUCUCCACGGAUCCACCUCCUUCUCGCUGGGAUGCACACCCUGCUCACUGGGACAGUCCUCCACGCUGGGAGAGGAGAGACGGCCGUCUGCCCAACCCAGGCAGUUUUCAUUCUCUCCACAGGAGCUGCAAAGAUGUGUUUCCUCAACAGAUUGAAGGUGUCAAGAUGAUCGUCAAUAAAACUCUGAGCAGCUUCUUCAAGGUCAGUCAUACUCUCCAUCUCAGUGCUGUGAGUCCUUCCUACUAUCGAUUCCAUGUGGAGCACCUGCAGUCAGACAACUACAGUAAGGACAAGGAUGCCCCUGCAUUGAUCGGUGAGAUGGACUCAUCUGGAAGUCUGAACACUCACGCUUUGCUUCAUCUCACUGAGCGUGUACGAGCCAGAACAGUGUUCCAGACACAGAAGUCUCAGUUUGUAACAUGGCAGUUUGAAACUGAGUACAGAGGGAAUGACUUCACUGCUGCUGUGACUGUAGCGAACCCAGACGUCCUCAGAGAGUCAGUUAUACUUGUGGCACACUUCCUGCAGAGUGUGUCAUCUGGACUGGUGUUAGGUGGGGAGCUGGUCUACCAUCGGGGGCGAGCAGAGGAAGGAGGAAUUCUGACUUUGGCUGGACAGUACUCAAGACCAAACUGGGUGGCAACGCUGAAUGCUGGGAAAGGAGGCGCUCAUGCUAGUUACUAUCAUAGAGCCAACAAACAGAUCCAAGUUGGCGUGGAAUUUGAAGCAAGUACCAGAACUCAGGAGACCACAACUUCGUUUGGAUACCAGAUGGAACUUCCCGAGGCCAACAUGGUUUUUCGUGGUAUGAUUAACAGUCGCUGCAUAAUAGGAGGUGUCUUGGAGAAGCGUCUGACUCCACUCCCUGCCACUCUAAUCAUGGGCGCCUUUGUAAAUCACAGAGGGGACAAGCUGCAAGUGGGUCUGGGUGUCAAUGUGGGAUAAUUUCUCACUGACCCCAGCUGGAAUUACAAUUCAUUGUCAGGACCUUCGUUCAGAAAGAGGCUUCAGAGUUACCUGACCUUCCAAGGUAUAUUAGCCUCACCAACUUACAUUCUGUUUCUUUAAGUCAAUACAUCUUACCUUGCAACCUACCUCUGAAAAUGGAGGUGAUGUUUAGAGUGAUAGAGUGAUAAGAGGAUUGCAAUGUUACUGUCCCCCUGAAACCAGACUGCACAUCACCGUCUGGACAAACCAGAACGGAUAAAAAGCUUACUGUACUGUAAACUUAAAACGUUUUAUACUGUAUCUUGUAUAAUAUAUGUAGAUUGUACUAAAAUAAAAUGUUUUAGCCUAUGAGAAGUAGUAAAUUAAAGUAAUUCUUAUGUAUUCUUGAUCUUUCUGCUCACUAUUUUUCCAGCAACUGGUUUACAUUAGUGCCAGUAUCAUUUGAAAAUAAAGUUGGACAAACAACAAAGUCCCCCCAAAACCUUGAAUUUAGGAUCUUGAGUUUGAAUGAACAUAGAUGCUGUUCUAAACCUUACCAUGAUGAUGAGCCAGUCUUUGGGGGCUGAUUUGCACACUCUAAUUAAUGCUCAGAGGAUCAGUCUAAAGAUAAACUGCAAUGUAAUAAUGUCAACUCUAUGAGUUUAAGUAUAUAUGCAGGUGGAACAUAUCAAAACAUCAGUAUGAUCCCUAAGUAAGUGAUUGUGGCAAUUUUUGUAGUUUAUAAAAUAAAAAAGAAUUUGAGGUUGGAGCAGGGGAAUUUCAAACACCAAGCUCCAGUCUCCUGAGUUUACAGUUGUACUGUAUCUAUAUGGAUGAGGGCAUGUGGCAACACUGACCUGUAUGCAACCUGCACUGGUCAUUUCCAGUCCCGGUUAUAUGAAAUGUUCUCUAAUUUAUUCAUUAUGUAAUGUAUACACAGAGAGAAAUGAAAGGGAGUGGUGGUCUUUUGGGACUUAAUUUAUUAAAGAUGUUAUUUCUA